AUGAGCGGCCGUAAAAUAGCCGCAGCUACGGUUCAGAACCGUACGCAGACUCCCUUGUGGAACUGGGUGAGAAACAAGCUUCUAGCUGUUGAUCGCCAGAAAGUCACACCACCCCCAGGCAUUGCUGGAGAGGACGGAAAGGCUGUUUAUCAAAAUCCUCUUAGAUUCCCAAAAACUCAAUCCGCUCGCCCAUGUUCUCAAAUCCUACCUGAAUUGCCCGGUGGCGUACAUCAUCUCGAGAGUGCAAACUACUACUACACCAGAGAUGGACGUCGUGAAGUUGUUCCUCCUGAGCCACUUUAUUCUGCCAAAAAUACAUCUGUCCGUUAUUCCACUCAAACAGGACAAGACUUGAAGAAAGAAGAGGCUAUCCAAGUUAAUUUUGGACCAGAAUCUAACUUUGGACUUCAAGCUCCAACCCCAGGUUUCGGUGCCACUUGGACUAGAAGUAGGGAACAGGAAUUGCAAACCCAAAAAGAGGAUGCUAGUUUCGCUCAUCUUGAAAGAUUCGAUAAGUUUAGCGCUAGCAAGUAA